AUGCUUACGGUGAUCACAGAAUGUGCCAAAGUUACUUCUGUGCCAAAAAAAAACAACUUUAAUGAGGAGUUUAAAAAAAAUCAAAAUUCGACGUUUGCAUUUAGAAUAAAUGCAAUUAUUUCUAACAUUGCUGCUAAAUCGCGAAGUCUAAUAGAAGACGUAGACACUAAUACUGUCGAAUGUUUUAACAAUGUAAUAGCUAAAUUUAUUGGGGGGAAAAGAACAAAUUUUGCAUCAAAAGGAGGUUACCAGGGCCGUUAUCACGCUGCAGCAGUCUCAUUCAACUCAAGAGCUGCUCUUUCCACCAUUCAAAAAGCUUUUAUCGAGAAAAACCCUGGUGGAAAAGUGGAGGAAGUAGAGAAGGAAAAAGCUCUUAAAAGAAAAUAUAACGUUGGGCAUCCCACAAAAAAAAGGAAAUUAAGAGAGACACAAAAA